AUGGCAGCCAACACCAAAUACCAAGCGGCGCCGACGCGCGACUCGUUCGAGGAGCAGGCCUACAGCCAGCCUCCGCCUUCUUACCAGGCAGAAGCCUCGGGCGUCCCUGGAGUGCCUCGAGAUGAGGACGACAAUGUCCCUGACGACUUCAAGUUCGGUGGUUCGGUCUCGGAAGCAACUCUCGACAUCCGCAUGCAAUUCGUCCGCAAGGUCUACUCCAUCCUGACCGUCCAACUUCUCGCAACCGCCGCACUCUCGUCCGUCUCGUUCUUCAGCCCCGGCUACAAAUCAUGGAUCCAGUCCAACCAGUGGAUGAUGUGGGCCUCGCUCUUUGGCGCCAUCGGAUUCAUGCUCUUGACUUUCUGGAAGCGCAAGUCGUACCCCACCAACCUUCUGUUCCUGGCCGGCUUCACUGCUAUGGAAGCAUACUCGAUCAGUGUUGUCACGUCCUUUUUCGAAAGCAAGAUUGUGCUCGAAGCACUCAUCUUCACACUAGCCAUCUUCGUCGCACUCACGCUCUUCGCAUGCCAGACCAAGUACGACUUUACUAGCUGGAUCCCUUACCUUGCGGGAGCUCUCUGGGUCGUCAUCAUCUUUGGCUUCAUGGCAGCAUUCUUCCCUCACACAAGCACCAUCGAGCUGGGCUACGGCAUUGUUUGCGCCCUGAUCUUCAGUGGCUACAUUCUGGUCGACACGCAGCUCAUCAUGAGACACUACCACGUCGAGGAGGAGAUUGCUGCCUCAAUCUCGCUUUACCUCGAUGUCAUCAACCUGUUCUUGGCUAUCCUCAGAAUCCUCAACAGCCAGCAGAACAACUAG